ACAUCACCCACGUGCUGUCAACAUGUCUGAUUCUAAAGAAAAGGAUUGGGAAGAAGAAACUGAUGGAGAGGGAGAUGAAGAGUAUUCUGAUGAUGAUAAUGAGGCUGAAGGAGGAGGAGGAUUCACUAGGAGUUUAGUCCUACAACAGAACAAGAAGAAGAAAAGGAGUGGCGGGUUCCAGUCAAUGGGAUUGAGUCAUACUGUAUAUAAAGGUGUCAUGAAGAAAGGAUAUCGUGUACCUACCCCAAUACAAAGAAAAACUAUUCCUUUGAUAAUGGAUGGAAAGGAUGUUGUGGCUAUGGCAAGGACUGGCUCUGGGAAAACGGCAGCUUUUCUGAUUCCGCUCUUUGAAAGACUCAAAUCACACUCGCCACAGGUGUCUGGUGUAAGGGGUCUGAUAUUAUCCCCUACAAGGGAACUGGCUCUGCAGACAAUGAAAUUCACAAAAGAACUUGGGCGUUUUACUGGAUUGAGAGCAGCUGUAAUAUUAGGAGGAGACAGGAUUGAAGAUCAGUUUUCUACAAUACAUGAAAAUCCUGACAUUAUAAUAGCAACUCCUGGAAGGUUCCUACACUUGCUGCUGGAGAUGGACAUGAAGUUGCUUCAUGUUGAGUAUGUUGUGUUUGAUGAGGCUGACAGGUUAUUUGAAAUGGGAUUCAGUGAGCAGCUCCAUGAGAUUAUACACAAACUACCAGAACAACGGCAGACACUUUUGUUUUCAGCAACACUCCCAAAGAUGUUAGUUGACUUUGCUAAAGCAGGUUUAACUGAUCCAGUCCUUAUCCGACUUGAUGUUGACUCUAAAUUGAGUAACCAACUCUCGCUAUCUUUCCUUAGUUGUAGAUCUGAUGAUAAGACCGCUGUUCUUCUUUAUUUGUUGCGUUCAGUGAUACCCCCUAAUCAACAGUCGGUCGUAUUUGUAGCCACUAAACAUCACGUGGAGUAUCUCAAGGAAAUACUGUCCAGUGCUGGGAUUGACUCCUCUUAUGUGUAUGGAUCAUUGGAUCAGACAGCUCGAAAGAUUUCAAUUGGUAAAUUUCUUUAUAAGAAGACAAAUGUCCUACUGGUUACUGAUAUUGCUGCUCGUGGUAUAGACAUUCCACUCUUAGAUAAUGUCAUCAAUUAUCAUUUUCCUUCAAAGGCAAAGCUGUUUGUACACAGAGUUGGUAGGGUGGCUAGGGCAGGGAGAGCAGGUACAGCCUAUUCUCUAGUGUCUCCUGAUGAAGGAGCUUAUGUUGUUGACCUUCACUUGUUCCUGGGAAGAAAUAUAAUCACUGAGAGCCAUUCCAAGUGUGAUGGUGUGUAUGGGUCUGUUCCCCAUAUUGCCAUUGAAGAUGAAGAUGAGCUCUUGAUUAAACUUCACAACAAUAAUGAAGAAUUGGUUUCUCUUAGAAAAGUUGCUGAGAACGGUAUGAAGCAUUACAUCAAGUCUCGUAAUCUCUCAUCUCCGGAGUCAAUCCGAAGAGCAAAAGAACUUGCUACCUCACUCCAUCCCCACCCACUCUUUGGGAGUCAUUGCUUGACUUCUCAAGUGGAGAGAGGAGAAUUGUUAAGUGCAUUGAAGACUUACAAACCAUUGCAAACGAUAUUUGAAGUCAACUCAACCACAAAAGGUGUGGCUAAGAAAGUGAUGCUCUCGAAGAGGGCCAAGUAUGAUCAAGUGGUGAUGACGCUUAGAGAGAAAUCAAAUCAAAGGAAGAAAGAAGAGAAGAAGGAGGAGGAGAGAGAGAAAGGAGAAGAGAGAAGGGACAGUGAGUCAAUGGCUGAUGAUUUGAAAGGAUUACAAACUUUUGAAGAAUAUAAGAAAAAAUCAAAAAAAUCAGUGACAGCUCCACAGCCUUACAUUAAUUAUAAACCAUCAGAUCAUCACACAGAGAAAGGUCUAUCAAUUGAUCAUUUUGAAGAAGCAGCUUCAAGUGCUGUACUUGAUUUGACAGGAGAUGAGAAUAAUGACAUGCAAAAAGCAAAAAGAAUAAGAAAAUGGGAUAGAAAGAGAAAGAGGUUUGUGACAGAGUCUGGAAAAGAGAGCAGCACCAAAAAGAUUAAGACAGAAAGUGGAAGGUGGAUAUCCUCAACAUAUAAAACAGGAUUAUAUCAAACUUGGAAGACAAAGAACAAAGUUGAAGGUAAUUCCAUGGAUAGCGAAACUCCACCUGAUAGAUUUACGAGAAGAAAAGGACGAUUUAAUCCUCGUCAGUCAACCAGAGGGGCAGGAGGGUCAGGGGGGAGGGUAAAGAGCGAGAUUAAAAGCGUGAACGAGAUCCUUCGCAAGAGACAAAAAAUUAAUUUUAUGAAGGAAAGGCGACAGAUAAAUAAACGCAAGGGUGCAAGGAAAAAUGUGAGGGGAGGGGCAAUGACAACUGGUGGACGUGGAAAGAGAACAAUGGGUAUGCAUGGUAGAAAACCUCGUGGAAAAAGGAACUAAUAGCUAUAAUUCACCUUUAAAUUUAUGUGUUAGAAGUUGUAGCUUCUAUUGGUUAUGUUCUCCUUUGUAUAAAUGAUAUCAUCAGUAAUAUGUAGAAUUUGUGGUGACAGAACAUUCUUAUACUAAGUCA